CAGUAUUAACAUUGUGUCUUCUGACUAUAUUAUUUGUCUCCUUAAUAGGUUAGCAUUAAUAUCUGCAAUGUGAAGUGUGCAGUAUCUAUACACCUUUAGGGUUCCUUAUCAAGUCUGACUCAGUCCCAAUCUGCAGAUGCCUGAUAAGGAAUGUUCCCAGGUAAUAAAAGUGUAACGAUGUGCUUGUGUUCAGUCUCUGCCUCUGAUAUCUGCAACACCAUUCCCUCUGUUGAGGCCAGUAAACCAUGAGAUAAUGGAUGCCUCUCCCAUUGUUGUGUCUGCCUCGCCCACUGGCCUCUGAGUGUGGGAAAGCUAAUCCAGCCUGGUACACAUGGCUUUGUAAUGCUAAUGGCCUCCUAUAAAUAGGGGAGUGGGCUCCUCUCUCAGCUCACAACCCUCUCGCCUUCCUCAGAGAAGCACACUCUCUGUCUAACAGAAUGGCUCCUACCUACACCAGAGACUCUGACAACACCAUGCUCUCUACUAAAGACAAACAUAAACUAAGGAAACCAGUUGUGGAGAAGAUGCGUAGAGACCGCAUCAACACCUGCAUAGAGCAGCUCAAGACCCUUCUGGAGAGGGAGUUCCACAAACAGGACCCCAAUGCCAAGCUGGAGAAGGCUGACAUCCUGGAGAUGACGGUGGGGUUCCUGAAGCAGCAGCUGCAGCCUCAGCGCCCAGUCCUUCAGAGGGCCCACAGUGAGGGCUACUCCCAGUGCUGGAGGGAGACACUGCACUUCCUGUCUUCCAGCUCCAUGAAGGACAUGAUGCUCCAUAACCUCCAGAGAGCUGAACAGGACAUCUGUCUCUCCUCUCCACUCUCCUCCCAACACCAAAACCACAACCAGGGCCCAGUGAAACAGGCCAUCACAGGCCACAAAUCAGUCUGGAGGCCUUGGUAGAACCACCGCAUAGAGAGACUAUCUCACAAACUGGAUGGAUGUUUACCAUCUUUCUUGCUGUAGGAAAUACAUUUCCAAACGUUAUACUGAAAUUAUAUUAUUUUCUUGUUAUAUUUGAACGGAAUUCUACUGAUGUGAUUAUUUGUUCUCAGAGAAGAAGCUGAAAACAUAUUUGUAUUAAUUCAUAAUGAAGAAUAUGUUUGAUAUUUUACGUGUAUGUUUAUGUGUGUAUGCAUUUUGUGCUCACUUGAUGCACCAAUGUGUUCUUUAGUCCUUUCAUUUUCUAUGAAGAUGAUUUGUAAAGGUCAUAUCUUAACAUGUAUGGUUGCUUAGCUAACUCAAAUCUUGCUUUAACUCUAUUAUAUGUACUGUCCUAAUGAAGGACAUUUACAAAUGCUUUGAUAUGUCUUUUGUAAAGGCUUUUUGGGACAUUGUUGUUCCACCAUAGGCACUGUUGUGCUGUGAAAUGUAUUGUUGACACUGUGUGUCUUUCAUUCUCACUUGAUAAAGUGAACAGACACCUAAAAUGGAUUCCAAUAAAUGUUUUGGAAAGUAACCAUACUGU